AUGAUUUCUCACUAUUCCAAUACUUUAAAUUUUUCAAAUGCAUCUGUUAGCCAGAAUAUUCUUUUUUGUAAAGAAGAUAGGUUUAAUACUCUUUUAUUAGAAAUAAAAUUAACUGUAUCUAAUUAUUAG